AUGGCAGCUUUGCCUUAAUAUGAAACGUUAUCUGGAAAUUGGGUUUCACCUCAUGUUUUCCAUAUUUAAUUAAAUCGUCCAGAUAGAAUGAAUGCAUUUAAUCCAAAAAUGUUUGAAGAAAUACCUUAAGCAUUUGAGUUUUUAAAUAAGUAGGAAGAAUUGAGAGCUGUAGUUCUAACUGGAAACGGAAAACAUUUUAGUUCAGGUUUAGAUUUAAAUGAAGCCUUCUAAGCUAUUAUGCCUGAAUCAGAUGACACUGCUAGAAAAACAAUUAAACUUUACGAAACAAUCAAAAUUCUUCAACAUUCCAUUGAUACCUUAAAUAGAUGCAGAGUUCCUGUUCUUGUUGGUAUUCAUGGCGCUUGUGUAGGUGCAGGAAUAAAUUUUGCAUGCUCUGCUGACAUUAGAUAUUGUACAAAAGAUGUUAAAAUUUCAAUUAAAGAAGUUGAUAUAGGUAUUUGUGCUGAUAUUGGUGUUCUUUAAAGACUUCCUUUAUAAACUGGUAAUGACAGCUUGCUUAGAGAAAUAACAUAUACUGGAAGAUUUGUUAGCGCAGAUGAAGCUUUGAGACUUGGAGUUGUUUCUAAAGUUUCUGAAAAUUAAGAAACUAUGAUUAAAGAAUUGAUUGAAGUUGCUCAAACUAUUGCAAGCAAGAGCCCUGUUGCAGUUUGGACAAUCAAAUAGGCCUUAAACCACGAUGUUAACAAAGCAGUAAUUCCUAAUCUUGAAUAUAUGGCUAGAGUGAAUGCUGCUAUGAUAUAAACAUCUGAUAUGCAAGAAUCUGUAACUUCGUUUUUGACUAAGAAAAAAGCAGUAUUCCCAAAAUUAUGA